UUUUUUUGGUGAAAAGCAUUGCAGGCAGAGAUAAAGGCGUUCAGAUAGGAAAGAAUAAGAUUGAUAUGUUCAAGAAAUUGCAGGAAGAAUAAAACACUCAGGAAUAAAUUUAGCAAAAGUGGUGCAAAGUUAUACUUUGGAAACUACAAAACGUUGGAAAAAAGACCUAAGUAAAGGGAAAGAUAUCCCAUGUUCAUGGAUUAGAAAACUUAAUAUUGUUAAGAUUGCAAUACUCCCUAAACUAGUCUACAGAUUCAUUGCAGUUCCUAUCAAAAUCCCAGCUGACUUCUUUGCAGAUAUUGAUAAGCUGAUCCUAAAAAAUGUCAAGAAAACCAGUGCAGCCAAAGCCCAGUGAAGGAAGAGGGGAAGUGGAUGGAGGUGCAGCCAGAGGUUGGCACAGUUUUGGGAUUUUGAAACCCUGUGAGCCACGGCAGGGAGCUUUGAUUACCUCAUCCUACCUCCAGUGGGCAGCCUUACGAGGGUAUUACAUAGGGGAGUGAUAAAAUUCAAUUAGUUAUUUGUUGCGUGCCCACUCAAUGCCAAGUGCUGGGAUAGGCAUGAGUGAUACGGCAGUGAACAAGACAGAAUGUCGACUAAAUAGAAGAACUUCAGCUUUUCAGAGGUAGGAAAUGAGAGCAUUCUCAGUUUGUUUUUGUAUGUGUUGGCAUGUAUUUGUCAUAUUACUGACCUUCUUAAAUAUUAGGCAAUAUAGAGGUAGCAAUGGUCAGUAUAGAAUAUUUAGAAGAUUCAAACCAAUGGAGAAAAUGCCUGUCUUUCAAGAUCCUACCACUCUGAGAUAACCACAGUUAAUAUUUACUGUUUUAUCUUUCUUGUCUUUUGAAUGAAUUUAUGAUCAAUACGUUUAUCAAAUUCAAUAAUAAGUGACGACCACCUCCCACUCCAACACUACAAAAAGAAACACAAGUGAGAAUCGCAGCUUGUCUUUUGACAAAUCAGUCCAGCAGCCCUGUGAUGUGAAUGUUAAUUUCUUUCAGGUGGAGCUGAUCAGAAUAAUGUUCAGCAUCAAUCCCCUGGAGAACCUGAAGCUGUACAUCAGCAGUCGACCUCCCCUAGUGGUCUUUAUGAUCAGUGUAAGCGCCAUGGCAAUUGCUUUCCUGACGCUGGGCUACUUCUUCAAAAUCAAGGAGAUUAAAUCACCGGAAAUGGCAGAGGAUUGGAACACCUUUCUGCUGCGGUUUAAUGAUUUGGACUUGUGUGUAUCAGAGAAUGAAACGCUAAAGCAUCUCACAAACGACACCACAACUCCAGAAAGCACAGUGACCAGCGGGCAGGCCAGGGUGUCCACCCAGUCCCCCCAGGCCCUGGAGGAUUCCGGCCCAGUUAACAUCUCCGUUGCAAUCACCCUAACCCUGGACCCACUGAAACCUUUUGGAGGGUACUCUCGCAACGUCACCCACCUGUACUCGACCAUCUUGGGGCAUCAGAUUGGACUUUCAGGCAGGGAGGCCCAUGAGGAGAUAAACAUCACCUUUACGCUGCCUACGGCCUGGAGCUCUGACGACUGUGCUCUCCACGGGCACUGUGAGCAGGUGGUGUUCACGGCCUGCAUGACCCUCACAGCUGCCCUGGGUGUGUUUCCCGUCACCGUACAGCCACCACACUGUGUACCCGAUACAUACAGCAACGCCACGCUCUGGUACAAGAUCUUCACAACUGCCAGAGAUGCCAACACAAAAUACGCUCAAGAUUACAAUCCUUUCUGGUGUUAUAAGGGGGCCAUUGGAAAAGUCUAUCAUGCUUUAAAUCCCAAGCUCACAGUUAUUGUUCCAGAUGACGAUCGUUCAUUAAUAAAUCUGCAUCUCAUGCACACCAGCUACUUUCUCUUCGUGAUGGUGAUAACAAUGUUUUGCUACGCCGUUAUCAAAGGCAGACCAAGCAAAUUACGUCAGAGCAAUCCUGAGUUUUGUCCUGAGAAGGUGGCUUUGGCUGAAGCCUAAUCCCCCAUCUCCUGUUUUUCUGAGAGAGACUGAGAGAACCAUAAUCAUUGCCUGCUGAACCCAGCCUGGGCCUGGACACUCUGUGAAUACAUUGUCUUGCAAUGUUGGGUUAUUCCAGCCAAAGACAUUUCAAGUGCCUGUAACUGAUUUGUACAUAUUUAUAAAAAUCGAUUCGAAAUUGGUCCAGUGAUGCACGUGCUUCACACUGGGUGUAGCCAGAACCCUUCAGCCUCACUGGUGGACUUGGCUGAUGUGUCUGCAUAGUGCUAGGGAGCGUUUGUGGAUCUGGCGGCUUCUUGGAGCAGGUCAUGAUGUCUUCACCAAGGUCACGGGGACAUUUUGUUUCUGGUGGGGUUGAGGUUUGCUUUGGUUCUGCCCAGUAUGUACAGAAUGUUUGAACCAGUCUGCACCUUUGAUAUGAUACUGCAUAUCCAAAGCCACCAAUCCAUUCUGUGGAUUUUAUGUGUCUGUGGCUUAAUAAUCAUAGUAACAACGAUAAUACAUUUUUUUUCCGUUUUGCUUGCAAGGAAACAUACCUAUCUUUCUAAGUUUUUUUUAAAGAAAAUAAAAUAGUCACAUUUUAAUACUACUCUAGUUAGGACAGACUUGUGCUUUUAUCCUGAGUAAAAGUUAAAUAUCUAAAAGUCACGUACCUGGUAAAGAUCUAAGUUUCAUUUUCCACAUGGAUAGUGAGGAAACUGGUCUUGUUUGGGUUGGCACGGAAUGGUCUACUGUCUUUUUCUCCUCUGUUGCCCCCUCCCUCCAUCACAGAGUUAAAGCAGCUUCCUUACUCAAAAGGGCUUACAAAUGAAGUCACUGGCUCUGUUGUUGUGUGUUGCUGAGUCAGUUCCGACUCAUGGUGACCGUAUAGGACAGAGUAGAACUGCCCCAUAGGGUUUUCUAUGCUGGAAUAUUUAUGGGAGCAGAUCGCCAGGCCUUUCUCCUGCUGGUGAGUUUGAACUGCCUACCUUUCUGUUAGCAGCCGAGCGCUUAACUGUUGCACCACCAGGGAUGCUUCAAAUGGCUCUAGAGUAGAGCAGAAAUGAGUUGGUCUUCUUUCUGGAAUGCAGAUGACAGAAUGGAAAAGAGAACCAUGAGUCAGUCUAAUGGUCAUGAAAGCGUUUCUUGGUUUGAAGUAGGGGGUGGAGUUCUCUCUUUGCAUCUGUUUUUGUACAGCUAACCUGUCUUCAGAAGGAACAUGGCAUUUAGUACAUCAGUAAUGUUAUGAAAACACUGCCUGUGAAAUUUGAAAGAGGGCAAUUCUGAUUUACCAUUCAUCGGGGAAAACCGAAAGCAUUUUUUUUCCUGUGACGUUCUGAUGAUGAUCCAGUUUCUCUACCCCUUCUUCCUUCUAAUCUGCCUGCGUUUAAAAAAAAAAAAAUAAUAAUACCCUGCAUUAUCUUUUCUCAUCCUUUCUUUUACUGUUAUUCCCCACCCCCCUUUUCUUUUUUCUGAACUUUUUAGGAGUUGAAUUCAGUCAAGGCUUCCCUACACAUUUGAAACACUGAUUGCCUUCCUAACUCAUUGUUGUUAGGACUCCCGUGUUCUCCCAGGCAGUGUGAUAGCAUGAGGGCAGUGAGAACGUCCGACGUGACUGUCAGCACUUCUCUCCUGGACUCUAGGUCUGUAGUCUGUUCUAAAUUAGAACCAGUUUCUUCAGUAUGAGAUAUAUUGGCCUAGAACAUCUUAUUCCAGGCAUUCUUGAAUGGAAAACAAUUGUGGGCUUUUACCGAAGAUUGUUAAAAUGAUUACUUGAGCAACUUGAUAUGUCAGUAUUCCUUUUCUUCCUUGUACAUUUCAAACACAGUAAUCACAUUUGUCUAGUCAGUGGUUUUAUAUGAGUUGCUUACAUGAUGCAUGAAUAACCUGGUAAUUUUGUUUUCUUUGGAGACUCCGAGACCCUUGUGAGACAAGAGAUUGAGAAGGAGCCAUUUGGGUUGGCUUUAGAAACAUCAGUAUCACUAAGACCAUCUGAUUGUAGAUGAAGCUGCUACUGGAGUAGCAAAAAUCCCAGUGAAGUGGAGUUACAGGACUAGAUUUAUGAUUUGCAGAGGAAUAUAGGAGGAGAAAGACAGGUGAGAAAAGUUGAUUUCCCUGUUUUGUGCAUUCCAGCUUUUUGCUAACAUUAAUUCCCCUUGUUUUAAAUACAGGGAAUGGCUGGAAUCUGUGGCCAGGGAGAAGAAGAACACUGUUAGGCAUGAGGAAAGGAAGUGCCAAAAAUGCCUGGACAGUAUGACUUGUCAUGAGGCCAGGACACACGCUUUAAAGUCAGAAUUCACCCCAGCAGGCAAUUCUCAGAGGUAUCGUAGAAACCCAGAGUCCAUUGGAUGUGUGCAGAAAGGUUGGGAGGAAAGGAGGCCUCAGGACCUGGGUAAAGAGAUCUAGUAACUGAAGAGACUUCCACAAGUCUUGGGACGUUCAGGGACUGUUUCUGUCUGGGCAUUCCAGACUGCCCGAUCCUCAGCUGGGUCUUGCUGGUGGACCUCAGGAUUAGAAGAGCGUGGCAGACGGGGCCGUUUGCCAUUCAGGGGUGACCCCACCCAGGAGCACUGGCUCGUCCUCAGGCAUCUUGGACUGGAGGUCCAAUAAAAGGUCAGCAACUUACUAUUAAAAUGGUUGUUUCAGAUCAUAUUGAUCUCUUUCCUUUUUCCUCUUGUCUUUCACUGUAUGACUUGAAUCAGUUUUGAUUCUAUUUGUAAGUUUUUCUCGUCGUUAGAAACCUGCCAUUUCUGUUGUGUUUUCUUUAGCAGUCUGUAGGGAUUCCAUACAUCCUGGUUUUUCAACCCUCCUGCAGGCACUGUGGGGUGAUGAGGGCCAGCGGAUCCAUGUCCCUUACCCUGUUGCAUGAUGGUCAGUAGCUGAUCUGUUAUGGUAUUCACUCCCAGAUUAAUUUUCUGUGUUUGAAAUAUGUGCAUAUAUGCUUUACAGAAUAAAACAUCCAAAUUUA